CGCUGCAUAGAUGAUAUGGAUUGCAGGAGUGUAGCUCGUGAAGCUUGUCAGAGCGUUGAUAUCGUGCCUCGACGGCGGCGUCUCAAAUGCUCCACCACCAAUGGCUGCGGAAAGGAGAACUGCAAUGGAUUUUGGCUCGGCCAGAAAUCACGUCACGAUUUUUGGGGUACGUGGUGGCAGAGAACGAUCUUCCGGAUACAGAUCCGUGAUUCCUCGCUACAGUUCACCAACCACACUGUCGAUCAUUCAUGCUGCUGCCUUAUACUUUAUACUGCUGCCUUAUACUUUAUGCUGCUGCCUGAUCAGCGCAGGUACACAUUGUUCUACUUCGCAGGUGUUUCUAAUUCCGCAUGAUGGCAGUCGCCUGAGCACUUCAUUAACGAAGUUUGACCGACGUUACCAAACAUGGUCAGAAAACACAGAGACUCGAAACCGAGUGUAGAGCCGCGCAUGCGAAUUCGCGAUCUCUUACCAAACAUCUUCCUUGGCAACCAUUCACCCGGAUCUCUCAACUCUUUGACCGAUGUACCUGGCAUUAGUGUCUCUACACAAGAACUCACAUCCGAUGAUGGCAGCAUCAAUACUGGAAUCACCUGUAUCAUCCCACGCAAAGACUGGUCCCAUAAAGCUUGCUACGCUGGAACCUUCAGCUUCAACGGCUAUGGCGAAAUGACUGGCGCUCAUCUCAUUUCCGAAGGUGGACUUCUUUGCUCGCCUAUAGUCCUUACUGGCACGUUUGGUAUUGGAGCGGCUCAUCAGGGGAUCUUGGAGUAUGGUAUCAAGACCUUUGGCAGAUCAUUCAUGGCAUUGCCUGUUGUUGCAGAGACCUUCGAUGGACACCUUCAUGACUGUUCCUCCUUUGCUGUCACUCCUACACACGUAGUCGAAGGUUUGCGUGAUACAAAUGUGGGAGUGGCAGUGGAGCAAGGAAACAAAGGAGGUGGUAAUGGCAUGAUAUGUCAUGGUUUCAAAGGCGGCAAUGGGUCUUCGAGUCGGCGUGUGAAGAUUCCGGAUGGGGACGAGACCUUCACAGUCGCUUGCAUAGUACAGGCAAACUAUGGUGUCAUGGACGGGCUACGUAUCGCAGGCGUGCCAGUUGGUCGGAUACUGGCCCGUGAGAUACAGCAAGAUGAGAAGAGAAGGCGGCAGAAAGAAGAGCUGGAGAAGGCAAAGCAGGAUAAGGAUGGUAGCAUCGUUAUCAUCAUCGCUACGGAUGCUCCAUUGCUCCCCCAUCAACUGACCCGUAUUGCCAAACGGGCUACCGUUGGGCUGUCUCGCGUUGGAGGAGUGGGAUACAACAUGUCCGGUGACAUAUUCCUGGCUUUUUCGACCGCAAACCAGAUUCUUGUCAACCAGCCAAAGUCAGAGCAUAGGAGUAGUAAAUCCGCGGUUGAGAGAGUCGAGGCAGUAGAUGAUUCAGCGUUAUCGUGGCUGUUCGAGGGCACGGCAGAUUGCGUGGAGGAAGCGAUCUACAACGGUCUGUUCAUGGCAGAGACUAUGCAAGGAGUGGACGGACACAAGGUAGAGGCAAUACCUUUGCAAAGAGUCAAAGAUAUCAUGGCUGAGCAUGGUAGCGGGCAGAAACACUCUGUCAACUAGGACGGCCCCGUAGAAGUGUCAAGAUGCUACAGCUCUCACCAGCCUCUCUUUACUUAUCAGAGAUGAUGAUUUUGCAUGUUCCUAACUACAAGACACGCAAGUCAUGAUGUGUAUGCAAGCAAACGAGUGCUUUGUUCAAGAACCCAGUGACUACCUGGAGCGUUAUCCUAGCCUUCGCUCCUGACUACACCACACUCUAUAGGACUCAUCCGUGUAUUUCUACUGCUAUAAGUGAUGAUGAGUGCAGUAGUGCAGUGUAUCAAAGAAGUCGUUUGUAUACAAAUGUGGCGG